CCCAUAGUGCACUAUUUCUGUGUGUGAAAAUCCAUCGCAAAUGAAAGAAAGAUAGAUUUUGAACGAAAAUAUGAUUUCUUCGGCAAGUUUUCAUGUUGUUGUAGUUAGAGUGUAGGAAAGUAGAGACAUUCAAAUGUACGUUCUGGUAUAACGCUAGCGAAAUUAUGAAAAGAAAAGGCUCAAAAAUCAGGUGAUGGCCGACAAACGAAAACUGCAAGCUGAGAUCGAUAGAUGUCUCAAGAAGAUUACCGAAGGCGUCGAAACGUUUGAUGACAUUUGGAAAAAAGUUCACAAUGCUGCAAAUGCAAAUCAAAAAGAAAAAUAUGAAGCAGAUCUUAAGAAAGAAAUUAAGAAGUUACAGCGACUUCGUGACCAGAUUAAGACGUGGAUAGCAUCAAAUGACAUCAAGGACAAACAAGUCCUUAUUGACAAGAGGAAACUAAUUGAAACUCAAAUGGAGCGAUUUAAAGUGGUUGAGCGGGAGACAAAGACUAAAGCAUACUCAAAGGAAGGUCUUGGUUUGGCAACAAAAAUUGACCCUGCAACUAGAGAGAAGGAAGAAUUUCGAAACUGGUUAACUGAAUCAAUUGAUCGGCUGAAUGUUCAGGUUGAUCAAAUUGAGUCGGAAUUGGAAGGUUUAAACUCUGGCAAAAGAAAAGCCGACAAAGAGCGAUUGGAGCGUAUAGAAGAGUUGAAUAGAUUUAUUGGCCGACAUCAUUAUCAUGUACAACAACUAGAGAAAAUUCUUCGAAUGCUUGAUAAUUCAACCAUAUCACCAGCGGAUAUGAAAAAUCUUCAAGAGGAUAUGGAGUAUUAUAUUGAUAAUAACACGAGUCCUGAUUUUGAGGAGAAUGAAUAUAUGUACAAUGAUUUAUUGUUGGAUGAUGGUGAAGUUGAUGCAGUGAACAAUUUAGCGACAUCUCCAACUGAUAAUGAAGAAGAAUUUUUAUAUCAAAAAGAGAACAUAGUCAACAAUUCCUUACCUCCUAAUUCUCCAACAAGUUUAACCAAUAGUUAUAAUCUUAAAAACACAAAUGCAAACUCUCCUAGGAAGAAUUCAAAAGGCAGCUCAACAGCACCCCCUGUCAAUAAUAUAGGCAAUGGUUCACCUGUAAAUAAAGUUCCUACCUCUGCAAAGAUUAAUGCUUCAAGUAACGGUCAUGAAACUAGUAGAGGAUCAACGACUUUACCUGUGAAAUCUGUAAAUAAUACACCUGUUGUAAAUUCUGACCAUUCAACGAACGAAGCGAAAACAUCAGUCACUCCACCUCCUGUCUCUGGAUAUGCAGGGGUUGUUGGUGGUAAUAAUCAUAAUCCUACUAUAUCCCAUGCUCAGAAUGACAUCACAGCUAAGACAGUCACUCCAAGCAAGAGAGCUCAGCCUUUGGUAACCAUGUCUCAGAACUCCAUAUUAGAUUAUUCUGAAACUGCAAACGACUCUUCUCUUGUUAACAAUGUCAUUACGUCAUUAUCCUCGUUAUCAAUGACGUCAUCAUCGUCAACGAUAGUCAACUCAUCUCAAACCAGUCCCCCAAUCUCGUCUCAGACUUCUAUUGAUUCGACGAUUUCCGAAGGACAAGUUUCUUCCCCAGGACCUAUGCAAAAAGCUAACAGCUCUAGCGGUUUUAUGACGAAUGCAGGUUUUACCGCUGACCAGAGUACAUCGUCGGAUGUCAAUCCUAGCACUACACCGACGACGUCGAUUUUUGGGAACGUUACAAAUAGUGAAGUGGAAACAUCAUCGACAUCUCAAGCAUCUCUUGAUAACGUUGUCUUACAAACUCAUGAAAAUGAAGUAUCAACCUCAUUCACGACAUUAAAAACAAUGGCCGCUCAAGCUGUUGCUUCUGCAAGUAUUGAAGAGUCUAGUAAUGUUCAAAAACAAUUCUCUACUUUACCAAACAGAGUUCUAUUUGAGAACGCUGUAACGACCGCUGGUCAAGAAAGACGAAAUGAGCCGGAAACUCACACGGCGCAUCUUCAACCAUUGUUAGGUGUCGCACCACUAGGACCAGUACCUCUAAAUAAAGAAAAAUUGUACCAGUUAGCUCUUGCAGAACCUGCAUUUCAUCAUCUUCCAUUUCCUAGUGACUCCGAAAGAGUCAGACCAUAUCUUCCUCGCACUCCGUAUCCUACAGUUACCCAUCAUCGUCAUCUAAUGCCCCCACAUAUAGAUUCGAUUGAUUUUUUUCAAAGACUCUCAACAGAAACGCUCUUUUUUAUAUUUUACUAUCAGGAGGGAACUCGUGCACAGUAUUUAGCUGCGAAAGCUCUCAAGAAACAAUCAUGGCGUUAUCAUACUAAAUACAUGAUGUGGUUUCAACGUCACGAAGAGCCCAAAGCAAUUACAGACGAGUAUGAACAGGGAACGUAUAUCUACUUUGAUUUUGAAAAAUGGAUGCAACGGAAAAAAGAUGGCUUUACAUUUGAGUACAGAUAUCUCGAAGAUAAAGAUCUGCCAUGAAGGCAUUCACGAACUUGCACUAUAGAAGAACGAAUCAGACAACUUGUCCCUAAUCAUAUGACCUCAUCAACACUACGCUCUUUCGUGUUCUUUUGCUGGGUGGUAGAGGAUACAGUCUUCACUUGCCGUUGUGUUGCAUAUUCAUCGUUGUCCAUUGAGAGGAAUUUUAACACGUGCAUGCAGACUUCAUGGACAAUCACCGGCAGAGCUGGAUUGAAAUUCGGUUUUAGUUAGUAGUUUAGUGAAUGGUGGUAUUCUAUUAUAUACCACGUGUCAUUGUAAAUAAAGACUGUUGAAUAAAAUCUGGAACAUUUUUCACAGACAAA